AAAAAACACCGUCAUCGUCGUCAACUACGUCUUCCGAGGACGGCAGGUCGGUCGCGUGCUGUGGGGUCAAAUGUGGGUGCUCACAACUCUUUCCAAGACGUCUAGGCCAGCAUGGGAGCGUCUUUAUAGGUGGAUCUCCAGAGCUGUGUCUCUCUCUCUCUCUCUAGCGGAGGCCCCCUUCCACCAGCGUUGAGCACGCACCUGCAGGGCUGCACCGUCUUCCCCUUCGCCUCUCGUUCCUACCCUCGAUUAUUCCUUCCCACCAUGAACCACACGAGUGCCCCCUCCACCCGCAACCCGUGCGUGACCUUCCGCAGCUUCAACUGCACGGGGCCCUCCCUGCCCGAGAACUACCGCGCGCUCCUGCUCGCUAUCCUCGCCUUCUUCACCCUGGCCACCAUCCUGGGCAACCUGCUCAUCAUCUCGUCCAUCGCCUUCUUCAGGCAGCUGCAGUCGUUCCCCAACGUGCUCGCCCUCUCGCUCGCCUUCUCCGACUUCCUCGUGGGGCUCGUCAUCAUGCCCCUCGCCGUCACCAAGGUCAUCUACAACUGCUGGUUCUACGCGCGCCUCUACUGCAACGUGCACUACUUUCUCGACUUCACCUUCACCAACUGCUCCAUCCUGCACCUGUGCAGCAUCGCCCUCAACAGGUACGUGGCCAUCACCGACCCCCUGCGCUACGAGUCCCGGGUGACCCGGAGAACUCUGGUGGUCAUGCUGGUGACCUGCUGGCUGGGCUCCGCCGUCUCCUCGUCGCCCAUCCUGCUGAGCCUCAGCCCCACCCUCUCGGUGGGCACCAUCAAGCGCAUCUCGUGCCCUGACGAUUGCGUCUUCGACAUCAACAUUGGCAUCAUGGUGGUCAUCGGCUACUGCCCGUACUUCGCCUCGCUCGUCGUCAUCGUGUGCAUCUACGGCAAGAUCUACCGCAUCGCUCGCGCGCAGGUCACCAAGAUACGGGCUCAGCAGGGUGGGGGAUUGAGGACCAUGAAACGAGAGCACAGCGCCACCAAGACUCUCGGCGUCAUCAUCGGCUUCUUCCUCAUCUCCUGGCUGCCCUACUACGUGAUCGUGCUGGCCUCGCUGGCGCUCGCCGACACGCUGCUCGCUUACCGCGUGGCGCUCUGGAUCGGCUACAUCAGCUCCGCGUUCAACCCCAUCCUCUACGCCGCCUUCAAUCGGCCCUUCCGCAACGCCUUCCGGCUCAUGUUUCGCCUCAAGGUGUUCGGCGAAGGUGCCAGGGAUACAGACCUCUCCGGUCGGUUGAAGUGA